AGGAAGUCACGUGAUCAAACGGCUAGUCAUGCACGCCGAAGGACAGCAACACAAGCCCCUCCAAAAUGUAGUCUAAGGUGACAUUAAGUGGUUUGCACUGUAGCUCUCUGUGAAUAUAGUUUAUUUUCGUUUGGUUAUAAUGGCGUCCACAUCAACAGUAACACGAAGGAUUCUCGGUCCUUUUACCCUUCACACUCCUCGACUCCCACACCGCUUAUCGGCUGCAAACAGUCGGCUCUGCAGCUCCAAACAGGCAACCCAGAAGGACAGGAAACCAAAGGUACGUACCUUAAAUCAUCACAACAUAAUCCAAAUCCUGCAAUUCACUGAGAAAUAUCGAUAUUUGAUUCACCAGAUUAACAUCGACUUCUGGAGAGUUCCGAUCACCGUGUUUACAGUGUUGACCUGCAAGCUUUGUGUGAUUGUAUGACAUGUUGCCAUGAUACUGUUGACUGUCUGGUUGCUAUUCUUGAAUAUUUUAUACAGUCUGCGAUAUUGGCACCACAUCAGCAGUACAACUACACUUUCUCAGAGGCCUUCACUCAGACCCACUUGGCCUUUGAGGCUGAGACUUGACAAAGAGUACGAUAUUGUGACGAUAUUUCGAUUCUAGUGCGAUAUUAUCGAGAUUAUAAACAUUUUGUUGAAUAAUUUCUUUCGAUUAGCCUGCCGUGGCAUGUAUUACUUUUGAUAAGAUAGCAAUUUUUGUUGGGAAAAAAUAUGUUGUUUGCAAUUUCCACACUGUUAGACUUUCCUUAUAUUAUCUUGCAUUGCUGCUGUGUUUAAACCUUAAUUUUGAUUAAUAUUAGGCUGUAUUUAGUUGCAGGUGAUCUAUAUUAAUGCUUGGUAGUUUCAUAUGAUCAGUUUAUGUUCUGUAAAACUGGACCAAUAAGUAAACUAAGUAAAAAAAAAAAAAAAAAACAUGGAACAUUAAUGAAACUGAGGCUUUUGUUUGAUUUUGUAAUUUUUACCUGUUUUUCGUUCCCUUCGUCUUGGACCGUGUUUCCAUUCUCUUCCUCUUUGCUCAACCUAUCUGUUGGUCUGGUUAUGAAUGAUAAGCACGUUCCUGACAGCCACUGCUUAUAUAAACCACGUGACAGCCCUCACCAUGUCUGCGUGUUUAAACCUACACUCUGAACUCAGUCUCAACAAACAGACUUGAAUUCUCUGUUAUUUUAAUGAUCCACAGAGGUCUCCCUUCAAACCUGCAGCCAACUCCACACAUGACUGGAUCGGUCCUCCAAACCCUCUUUCAAACCUGCGGCCGAUUGUUUACCACAUCCCUGAGAAUGAAACAGAGCUGGAGAAACGUCUGCGGCACCUGAGGCAAGAGACGGAGGACUGGAACCACAACUUCUGGACUAAACAAAACAUCACCUUCACCAAGGUACCAGCUAAAUUUGAUUUCCACUAACCCUAACUAUAUUUUUAGACAUUAUGUACUCAACUUUGGAUGAGUCGAAAUGAUUCAGGACUCUGAGACAGGGUAUAUGCAGCACCAUGUUAACUGAUCAGUAAGUGCUGAUCAUAUUCAUAUUUAAUGCCAGUUACUGUAAGCAGAGAUGAAUACUGACCUGGAGGGAAAAAUCCCCUCAGUACAUUUAGAUUUAAAGGAACUGCAACCACCUUUAAGGUAUUUUAAGUCAGUCUGUAAUUAAUGACUCAUCAUUUAAUCCCAAGCUUUUAAUUUUAGUUUCCUCAUGAAUCAUUUAAUUUUUAGGGUUCAAAAUGAGGUGAAAAAGUUCACUCGAAAUUCUGCAGAGACAGUGCUUAUAACUUAAUUUUUCAGCUCAUCUAAAGUAUUCGAUAUCAAACACCUUUGAUUUAUAAUUAAUUUGCAUUUUAAUUUCAGCUUUCAUCCUUAUAUUUUUAAUUUAAAAACAGGAACAAAAAGUUAACUUAUUUAAGAAGCAGGAACCAGUGUGUGCUCGGCUUUUUGCCCAACAAAACACAUCAUUUAUUGAUCAUCUAAAUGUUAUUAUUUGAUAGUACCCAGUUGUUUCAGUAGGUUUCAAAGUGUCAGUGCUCAUUUGGAGGCUACAGGGUGACAAAAUAAGUGACAAACCUUCAAUCAACCCAGCUGAACUGGAGCAAAACCCCUGAAUCAGCAAACAAUCCCACCCUGAGCACCAGGCUCCAGAGCCUCUCUGCCUGCCCUGCCCCUAAACUCUGACCUCUGACUUCCCACUGGAGACAGAGCUCAAUCCUUCUAUCAGGACUGGUGUUACUUUAUGUAUUUCAUCAUGAUUGAUCAAGUUUUACAUUACACAGGAUAUUCCCGUUAUCAGCAGAAUGAAAGUUGUUACUUAUUCCAGCAGAGGGCGCCAUCACACUGCAAAACCUUUAAGUUGGGUGAAAGAAAAUGUUAUAGCCAUACUAUUAACACUAUGACCAGAGCCGCCUCGGGGCUGUUACGAUGUAACAUAUAUCUGUUUGUCAUUAUUUGUGUUAAGUAUGAUAUUUUCCAUUGGUUUUUUGUUUUAUGUAUUUUGUAAAUCCUAUAAAAACAACUAGGAGAAGAGGAGGGAAAUAAAAACAACAUAUUUUUAUGCUCUCUGCAGGAAAAAGAAGCUUUCAUCUUCUCUCAGCUAAAGGCAAAAGGCUUGACUGCACGAGAUGAGCAAGGUAGGAGAGACUCUUUAGACACAGGAUUAUAAUCUGUGUGUCAUUUUCAAAGGUGAAGACUCCACCAGACACUCCUCUGUGCUCUGCAGGAUUUAUAUUAAGAAAAGAAGAUUAAAAACGCUGCAUGCAGCUUUGUCUGUCAGACUCUGUCAAAAAUGAAGCCCCCUUCAGUUGACAGACUUCAACUUGAAGAUCCGCAAACAUUUUCUGUAACGUCGGGGUGAUCGAGGAAGAAAAUGCUAAUGAGAUUAUAAUGUCGUGUAAAGCGUCUUCUCCCUCUCCCUCUCCCUCAGGACGACGGCGCACCCUCAGCAGUGAAGAAAUGGCAGAGUUUUACAAAAGCUUCCUCGACCACAACAGAGCGCGGCAUGCGAAAUAUAACAAGUGAGUUUGUUUUGCAGCUGGGUGUCUCCCACGGUGCCGCAGGGUGCCGCUUGGUGGGUGGAUACACCUCCCUCCGCUGGAGCUGUGGGCUUGAACCCACACUGUUAUACAUACUGUACUUUGUGUAGGGAGGAAAACAAACAUUACUGAGGCUUUGAAAAGCUUUCUGUGAAUUAGCAUUGCAAAGUGGCUGACUUGUUUCUAGGUUAGUGAAUCCUCCAGAAGUGUUCUGCCUACGCACAUCACCUCUGCAGGAGCUCGAAAUAAGAGUGGGAUUCAAACUCUAACUCCAGAUUCGACUAGCCUUUCAUUUAAGAACAUCUCUGUGACAUAUAGUCUGCCUGGAGUUUGUAAAGUUAGAAAACUUGACAGCAACAUGUCCAGUCUACUCUGUAUAAAAAUAUUUUGUGGUAUACCUGCCCAGAAAGUGGCCAGAAUCACCAGGUAGGCCUAUUUUUUGCUUUGGAUCUGGAUGGAAGACGACUAACAAAUGUCUAUGACAGAACAGAAGAAAUAGACUUCAUGUUAUCAAAGGGACCUUGAUUUAGAUCCUGAUUUAGAUUCUGAAUCAGAAAAUGGAGCCAUUGUUAAGAGAGAUUAAAGUAAUUCAAGACCUUAUCCAGUCAAAGGCUCAGGUGCAGCAUACUGGGCUACUUAUAAAUGAUUCAUGAACGUCCCGCAAAGACAGGUGAAAAGAUGGUUACAUAAGACUAGAUGGGAAGAAAUUAAAGUGUAAAGAAUGGUAGGCGCAAAAGUACACUCAAGACUACAGGAGCAGAAUACUAAAUGAUGUUUUAAAGAUGCAUUAAGUCUUAAAUGGUAUGCUUGAUGAAUUCAAAUAUCUACGCAUGAUAAAAAUAAAGUCAUCGAUUCCCAUUCUUACACUUCGGUUUUGUACGGAUUGAACAGAUGUGAUGCAACGUGUCGACCAGUGAGUUUUAAAGAUUCUGGAGGCGGAUUUUAUUAUCUCUGAACACAUCCAGGAUAAUUGUUUGGCUGUGUUCCCGUCUCUGUGAUGCAAAGUAAGCUGGCUGUAGCCUCAUGGCUCUGACUUAUGCGGAGGUGCCAUUAACACUUAUAUGCACGCACAUAAAUGCACAGAUGUAUGUUCCUGAGUAUCUCUUAUGAAAUAUAAAUCAACUCUGUUGUUGUCAAGCUGCUUAAAAUAACUUUAAUUCUCUGUCUUUUUCUGUCACAGGGAAUGGUACCGGCGUAACUUCACCAUCACUCUGCUCAUGGCCCGGGUCUCCUUCAGCAGCAUAAUGAAGACUGUUACAGAUCGAUUCAGGGGCAAAAAGAACAGCACACCUACCACAUGAUUAAAUGAAAUAUUUACCCAUCCUCCUGCUUUUGUUUCCAGUGUAUUGAAUGUGCUUCCCUUAUUGAAGUGUCGCAGUUACAUCUGA